UUGCCCACAACAAACUAACAGGAAACAUACCUCCUGAAGUUGCAGGUCUUCAAAAUCUCCAGUUUUAUUUCAAUGUUUCCAGCAAUUUCUUGCAAGGUUCUAUUUUGGAAAUGAGUAAAAUGGUUAUGGUUUUAGCUAUAGAUCUUUCUCAAAACAAUUUUUCCGGUGUCAUUCCUAGUGCACUAGCAACCUGCAAGGGUUUGGAAUAUCUAAAUCUUUCUUGCAAUGCAUUUGAGGGGCCAAUCCCUGCAUCACUAGCAGAUCUGCAAAAUCUGCAGUACAUGGAUCUUUCUCGCAAUAAUUUGUCAGGUAUGAUACCGGUGACUUUCAAAAAGAUGAGAAUGCUCCGACAUCUCAAUCUCUCUUCAAACAAGUUGACUGGAGAGGUCCCAAAGGAAGGAGCUUUCGCAACACUCGACGCCUCAGAAGUUAUGGGAAAUCUUGGCCUCUGUGGUGGAUGGAUAAACUUGCCACCAUGCUCUCAUUCCAAUCACAAACAGCCAUCAGUCCCCAAAAAGGUGAUUAUUCCUGUGAUAGUAGGCAUUGCAAUUUUGAUCAUGUCUCUUCUAUUGGUAGCAUUUUCUUAUAGAUUAUGUAGACAUUCCAGUACCCCUGCUCUCAAUGUAUGGCCCCCAAAAAUUUCAUAUGAAGAACUUGUAGAUGCAACUGGUGGGUUUAGUGACGAAAAUCUUUUAGGAAUUGGUAGCUUUGGGUCAGUUUAUAAAGGAAUUCUAAAGAAUGGUACAAAUAUUGCUGUUAAAGUUCUCAAGUUGCAAGAUCAACAUGUUCGCCAAAGUUUUAGCAGAGAAUGCAAUGCAUUAAAGAGAGUUCGACAUCGCAAUGUAAUAAAAAUAAUUUCAGCAUGCUCCAAUCUUGAUUUCAAAGCCUUAAUUCUUCCAUUCAUGUCAAAUGGAAGUUUAGAGAGAUGGUUGUAUCAUUCAGAAGGCGGUAGAUGCAGAUUAAAUUUGAGAGAUCGAAUAAGGAUAGCAAUGGAGAUAGCAGAAGGAAUGACAUAUCUUCACCAUUAUUGCUUUGUUCAAGUGAUUCACUGCGACCUCAAGCCCAAUAAUGUCCUAUUAGGAGAUGACAUGACUUCAUACAUAGCAGAUUUUGGGCUUUCCAAUAUUAUUUUCGGCAAUUCCGUAGAUUCUUUGACUUCUACAGAUGCACUUAAAGGAUCUGUUGGCUACAUUGCACCAGAAUAUGGAAUAGGUGGAAAGCUUACUACAAAAGGAGAUGUAUAUAGUUAUGGAAUUUUAAUUCUAGAGUUGUUGACAAGGAGGAGACCAACAGAUGAUAUGUUCACUGAAGGAAUCAAUCUACAAAAAUGGAUAGAAAUGCAUUUUCCAAAUAGAAUCUCAGAUGUGGUGGAUAAUUGUUUGCUUAUAGAUGCUCAUGAAUCAGGGACAUCAAUGGUAAUAGAAUGCCUUACUCAAUUUAUGCAAAUUGGGCUCUUUUGCACAAGGGAGUCACCUCAAGAGCGACCUGAUAUGACUGAGAUAGUUGAUAGAUUAAAUACAAUCAGAGGUGCAUUUCUUGGUACACCUAAAACUCCUCAAUUGCCAAUAGACAUCUCACCUUUUCUUGACAAUACAAGAGGUAUAAAUAUGGCUGGUUCAGGGAACAAUGAAGGUUCAUCUACAUCUACUUCCUAGGUCUACAUAAAUAUUGUUGUUUUGUUUGCUAGUCAACUAGAUAAUAAUAAUGUCCAUGUAUUAUAUUUUGUAGUUCAUUAUAUAUAGU